AUGACGUGGUACAAGCUUCGCUCCAAACCAGGGAAAAAAGAAAAGGAGAGAGGGGAGAUCGAAGUGGAUAUCCAGUUUAUGAGGAGCAGCAUGACAGCCAGUAUGUUUGAUCUGUCCGUGAAAGACAAGUCUCGCUCUCCCUUUGGCAAGCUCAAAGACAAGCUCAAGGGGAAGAGGAGCAGUGGCCUUUCCGACACGGCGUCGGCGAUCAUUCCCAGCACGACUCACUCCCCCGCUGACAGCGAAGAUGAGUCAGUUGAGAAGGAAAAGAAGAAAUCAAAGUUCAAAACCCUGUUUUCCAAACCUGGCCUGCAGAAAACUUCCCUCUCCCAGUCCAUGUCAGUCCUACCGACGCAGCAGCCCGUCACCGAGAGGGUUCGGCUUCGGCCCAGCGACUUCCAGUCGCAAUGGGACGAUGAGGAGUCGGAGACCUCUCCAACCUCAGAAAAAGCCUUUGGAAAUGCCCUGGAAGAGAAGUCCUCUCCCUCUCCUGUAUUUAAAUCUCGUAAAACAGCAACUUUGGACAGCAGGCAACUAAACCAAGUAACCACUGGCCACACCAAGAAAGAAGGGCUCUCUUUAUUCAGUGGCCUUAAAUCCAAAAGCGAUCCUGUUUCCAAGUCUAGUCUGUGUAUCAAUGGCAGUCACGUUUAUAUGGAAGAGAGCACGACGAAGGACAACACUCCAGCCUCUUCCCCCUCUCCUCACAACUUCAGGAGGAAGCAGCUCUUUGCUUCAGAAGAGAACCUGUCUUCCAGAUCUACUAAAGGGCCUGAAGAGACGGGAAGAACAUCUCCUAGUCAUGCUUUCUCUGGGUCUGCAUCCUUGGAGACCUUUAAAUCUAUGACCUUGCCGUCAUACAAAUUGCUUAGCAGUGAAGAAUACCCGGAAGCCAGUGUUCCUCCAACUGUCGAGGUUAUUAAAGAGACCAAAAAAACAGACCACAAAAAGUCUGCCUUGCUCUCUUUGGUCACAGGGAAGAAGGAAGCAGUGAAGACCAUUGAUGCUGAGAAUAUUCCUGACAGGACCCUGCAGGAUGAGGAAAACAAAGUUCCAGAAGAGAAGAGCGAACAAGAGGCCAAACAUCUUGAACUUCCAGCAGAUUUAAGCAGAGGGAAUUCUUCAGAAGACGGUCACCGCGCAGAAGACGUCUUUGCAAAUAAGCAGCCGCUCAACCCUUUUGAGGAAGAACGGAAACCUGAAAAAGCUGCUGCGCCGGCGAAGACCAAAGCUGUCAAGCCCAGACUCCAUCCUGUGAAGCCAAUGAAUGCCACAGCAAACAAGUCUCAAAGUAAAAACCUGAACGUCAUCAGCACUAUGAAUGAAAAGCUGCUGGAGAUGAACGUGAAGAAUUGGCGCCUCUUGUUUGCGGAGGGGAUUCUCAGUGGAGAGGAGUGCGGGGUGCCCUCUGACUCCCCAGAGAAAUAUGAUCCUUCAGAUCCUGCCUAUGCUUAUGCUCAGCUAACACACGAUGAGCUGAUCCAGCUGGUCUUGAAACAGAAGGAUACAAUUACCAAGAAAGAUCUCCAGGUGCGUGAGCUUGAAGACUACAUCGAUAACUUGCUUGUCAGAGUCAUGGAAGAAACCCCAAACAUUCUUCGUGUUUCAAUGUCUGGAAACAAAAAAGCUGGAAAGAUGUAAAAACUCUCGGGACCUUGGUUGAACAAAGGACUGAAUUCCCGCCACUGGAGUUUGAUUAAUAAGGAGACGAUGUGAAGUAGGUGGUACCGGUUGUGCUGCCCACAGAAAAUGACCUCUUUCCUGUUUCUGCCUUGAGCAACUCUCAGUUUGAUUAGUAGUUACAUCAGGUCUUGUGUAUGGAGUCCAGAGGUGGAGUCAACCUAUCAUAUUUAUUUUUUGGUUUCUUUCCAUUAUUUGGGAAGAUUUGUUCGGGCAUCUAAUCCAAAGGCUGAUUGCGAUAGGAAGGGUGAAGGGGUUUUGAUGUGUUUUGCUUGCCAGCAAGGCACUGGUGAUCCUUUAUGGAGACUCUUUUAAUGGUUUUGUUCUGUAGCGGCUUUGAUAGAUCAAUUACUCUUCUUUCCAUAUCUUAAGUUGUAGUGCAAUAUAAAAUCUUGUACAGUAGAGCUUGAGGAUUUGAUUGUUUUUAAAAAAAAAUAUUAAUAACUACACUGGAGAAGUCCAAAGAUGUGUGCUUCAGACCAGGGCUGUGUGGGCUGUAUUUUAAAAGAAAUUAAUGCCCUAAAAGUCGAAUGCAAGUUAAACCUUAUGUUGGAAAGGAAGAAGCAAAGCUUAGUUAAUCUCAUAAAGUACAUGUUGUUUCAAAGCAGUUCUCCAAGGGGAAGAUUUACAAGUUUUUUGGUAUGGGAAACAUUGCGAUGUCAUGGUACGUUUGUCUACCAUGGGAAUGGUAGUAAUGAAUUUGGGCCAAAGGUGCAUUUUAAAUCAGAAGCUGUUCUCUUAUAGGCUUCAAAUUCCUGAUUCGAAGGUCGUUCAAACGAGGGAGGCAAAGGUACGCCUGGUUUCUGUUCUGUAGUCUUAAAUAGGUGAGGAUUUCACAGCAUGCGUGCGUGGCCCAUGUCUCUGUAUGGGAGUUCUGUGACGAUUUUUCUUUUACGCCAUUGCAGUUUAUCAAAUUUAAAUACCUUGGAUUUUGGCGCUGGGGCUUACCUUGGAAUGACCUCCAAAGAUGAUCAGUCUUACAACGCUUUCUUUCGUGCAUUCCUUAUACAGCCAAGAGAGGAACCAAAUCGCCCUCCCCUGGAGGUGGGAGCAGUCACAAAGCUAGCGCUCAAACCUGAUUUGGUUUUCUUUGUGACUUGCUGCUCAGAAUGCAAUGAAAAUUUUAUGUAGCUGAGAAAGAGUGCUGGUCUUGAUAGACAAUCGAUACCUCAGUCUGCUUCCUUAAUGUGUGGCUGCUUUGCAGCUCAACAGACACAGGUAUGUUCUCCUCCCCAUCUCAUCGGACGGC